GUCUUAUUUUCAAUUAUAUGAAAAUGAAAACGAAAAUAAACGUAGCUUUACAUAUGAAAAAGACCCACGCACACACAUAAAAGUCGCUAGAGGGAGUAACAAGAAGAAUAGUCACCGACGAUCACCGCCACCAUCCGAUCAUGUCUACGGCUCUGAUCAGCUCUCUCACCUACUACCUCUCCGAACAUCCAUACAUCGUCGGUUUCCGCUGGGGGCACAGCCAAUCAUGGGGCUCCACGUGGUCAUUUCUCAUCGCCUCCAUCUUUCUCUACAUCGCCGUCUCCUCCUCCCUCCACAUCAUCCUCUCCAUUUCCCUCCGCCGUAACCGCUCCGUUCCGUUAGGCCACAUCCCAGACAUACACAGCCUCCUCAUGUCCAUUCUCUCCGCCACUAUUUUCGCCGGAAUCCUCCUCUCCACCGCCGCGGAGAUCCGUGACACGCGGUGGUUCUGGCGGCGGAGCAAAACCGCCACUCCCCUCCAGUGGCUCCUCUGUUUCCCGCUCGGCACACGCGCCUCCGGCCGCGUCUUCUUCUGGUCCUACGUGUUCUACCUCACGCGGUUCCUCCACAUGCUCCGCACGAUCUUCACCGUCUUUCGUCGCCGGAGACUCGCCGUGUCUCAGCUCUUCUGCAACUCAGCCAUGGCCUUCACGUCUUUCCUCUGGCUCGAGUUCUCGCAGUCGUACCAGGUUCUCGCCAUUCUGUCGACCACGCUGGUUUACUCUGUGGUUUACGGCUACAGAUUCUGGACCGGGUUCGGUUUGCCCGGUUCGGUGUUCCCUUCGUUCGUGGUGAAUUGUCAGCUGGUUCUCGUGGUUUGUAAUCUCGUGUCUCACGCUGGGGUGCUUACGAUGCACCUCAUUAAAGGCGGAUGCAAUGGCAUCGGCGCGUGGGGUUUAAACUCUGUGCUCAACGGUGCGAUUUUGUUGCUUUUUCUUAAUUUUUACAUGAGAAUGCAUUCUCGGAUGCGACACCGUAUCGCUAACACUUCGCCGGAACUUGAACCAGCAGACGUAAUAAUGCAAAAGAAUUAACUUUCGAUGAGUAGGGUGUGGCUCUUGGGUUGAUCCUUUUUAUUCUUCUCAAUAAGAAAAUAUUAACCUUAAUCACUUAUAAAAUUUUAAACUUUGUAAAUCUCUCCUUCUUGCUAAUCUAGCGUUAAUUGCUAACA